ACAUUUUUUGCAAAAAAGAAAAAGGUGAUGAAACUAGUGAAAUAAAAAGUAUACUAUAAAAAAGUAAACAUGUCUUAUUGAUAUUGUAAAAAUUGUUAACCAAAACGAUAAACUAAGUAAAUUAAAUUACCAAAUAAACCAACACAAACUGAAAAUUGUUCAGUAAGACUGCUGGAUAAUGUUUGAGAAGAAUAUGGAUGCCAACAAUCUAUCGGUCUCCAUCAGCGGGGACUUGGAUUCCACCAGUUCCGGCGGCACAUCCUCGGAUCACUCGGCUGUCCAGCAGGACAACCUCAGUUCACCGAUGGCCUACGGAUCACUCUUCCUUCCAAAUUCUGGUUAUCGUGGAAACCUGUCCUGCAAAACAGUUCUGCAACUGGAUAAAUUCGCACCCUAUGAGGGGGCGGAAAAGGAUCAUCUGCUGGAGCGACGGUUCCAGGACAUCACCAACGACUAUGAUAAGUCGCCGCCGCCCACCGCCUCGACCACGCCCACCCACUAUCCCAGCCUGAAUAGCAUAAUAUUCGAGAAUGGUAGUGGUGGCAAUCUGGGGGAUCUCAAUGGGAACACCAAGACGGAUUCCUUGUGCGGUGGCCUGCAGAGAAGUGCAGGUGGAUUGGGUGGAAAUCCCGGCAGUGGUGGCCACCUCAUCUCCAAUCUCACAGCCGUCCACAACAUGUCCGCAGUGAGCAACUUUCCCACCGAUGCCAAAAUGCUGCUGUUCUCCACAGAUCAGAUCCAGUGCAUGUGCGAAGCCCUGCAGCAGAAGGGCGACAUCGAAAAGCUGACCACCUUCCUCUGUAGCCUGCCGCCCAGCGAAUUCUUCAAAACCAACGAGAGUGUCCUGCGGGCCCGCGCCAUGGUGGCCUACAACCUGGGCCAGUUCCACGAGCUCUACAACCUGCUGGAGACGCACUGCUUCUCGAUGAAAUACCACGUCGACCUGCAGAAUCUCUGGUUCAAGGCGCACUACAAGGAGGCAGAAAAGGUGCGCGGACGUCCCCUUGGAGCGGUGGACAAAUAUCGACUGCGGAAGAAGUACCCCCUGCCCAAGACGAUCUGGGAUGGCGAGGAGACGGUCUACUGCUUUAAGGAGAAGUCGCGGAAUGCUCUGAAGGACUGCUAUCUCACCAACCGGUAUCCCACGCCCGACGAGAAGAAGACGCUGGCCAAGAAGACGGGCCUCACGCUCACCCAGGUCUCCAAUUGGUUCAAGAACCGUCGUCAGAGGGAUCGCACGCCCCAGCAGAGACCUGAUAUUAUGUCGGUGCUGCCUGUGGGCCAAUUGGAUGGAAAUGGCUUCCCGCGCAUGUUCAAUGCCCCAAGCUAUUAUCCCGAAACGAUUUUCAAUGGGCAAUAAACUGCGAUCCAUGCGAGGCUGUUUUUUCGUGUAAAUAAAGCGUAAUGCGUUUUUAUGUUAGGACAAAAGCAAAUGGAAAACUGGUCAUCAAAUGGCACAUCUUCGUUAGCUUUAGAAUAAACUAAUUUUUGCUUUAUGUAUUGUACAAUACUAAUAAUAAACAAAUGGUAGUAGAUCAAUAAA